AUGCCACCGGCUCUGGCCAUCGCCCUCUUGUACGCCCUGCUGUCCCCGUCACUAAGCCAGCACAAAGAUGCCGUCCUCAGGCUCAACAAAGGCGUUUUAAGCAACGCUCUUGCAGGAUCGCUCAGGCAAGACAACGUCCUCCAAGGUGCCCUCGGAGAGGUGCCACUCGGGAGUGGACGUCCCAGCACGGAUGGAAGUGGAGACCUGUUGGGUGGCCUCCUCGGAGGUGUCCUUGGUGGCGGUGGUGGUGGUGGUCUGCUCGGUGGUAUUACUGGUGGCCUGCUGGGUGAUGGUGGUGGAGGGCUGCUGGGGGGGCUGACUGGUGGUCUGCUUGGUGGAGGGAACGAUGCUGGCAUUGACUUGCUGGGUGGAGGGGGCGAUGGAGACACUUAUGGAAAGGGACCUAGAAACCCUCCCAGAGGCUGGCCAGCAGCUGGUGGCGAUGUCCCCAGGGAUGGCAUUCCCACAGGGGUUGUUGGAGGAGCACUGGGACAAGGAGGUCUGCUUGGUGACGGAGGGCUCCUGGGCAAUGGAGGGCUGCUGGGAGGCGGUGUCCUCGGUGUCCUCGGAGAAGGUGGCCUGCUCAGCACCGUCCAGGGGCUCACUGGGCUGAAGAUCGUGGAGCUGACGCUGCCCAGAGUCUCCCUGCGGUUUUUCAUCCACCUCAACCUCUACACCCGGGUGGCCCUCAAUGCCAAGUGCCUCCUGGGUUUGCUGGACAUCGCAGUGGAAGUGAACGUCACAUCAAAGGUCAGGCUGACCAUGGAUGGCUCCAGCUGUCCCAGGCUGGUGACAGAAAGCUGUGAUACUCUCCUUGGUGGCAUUAAAGUCAGACUCCUGAGAGGCCUGCUCCCAAUUGUGGAUAAUUUACUGGCGAGGGUUCUGAACAGACUUCUUCCUAAUCUGCUCUGCCCCGUGGUUGACGUCGCCCUGGGACUCGUCAACGACAAGCUGAGCCUUGUGAACUGUAAGUCCUUGAUGGGUACCACUCCUUGCUCUGCCUCGCCCCUCGUCCUUCCCCUGGUCACCGGCCAGUUCCUCGAGGUAGACUUGAAUACUGUCGUCGGUCAAGUGGCAGGAGACCUGGUGGACCAUCAGCUGGGAAAGCCAGGAACUGUCCCCACACCCCCACGUGUCCCCAUGCCACCCCUGCCACCCAUGGCGGACACCAGCUCCUCCCAGUUGGGCCUCUCUGUGAACUUCCUCAGCGCACUGCUGUCUGUCCUGCAGAAGGAGGGUAGCCUGGACCUGGACAUCUCCAAUGGCAUGUUUCCUGAGCUCCCACCACUUACGACAUCGACCCUUGGAGCCCUGGUUCCUGAGGUUUUCAAGGCAUAUCCUGAACCCCAUGAGCUGCUGCUGAAAAUUGUUGUCCCUGAAGCACCGGUGGUGACCUUAAAGAAAAAUAGAGGUGUGAUCCAGCUCAUGGCUACAGCAGAGGUGAUGGUGCUCCACCCAGAUGAUGUCCAGAAGUCUCUCUGCCUUCUGAAUAUUGACACCUCCUUGCUGGCCCAGUUUUCAGUCGAGAACAACAAACUGAGGAUCAGCGUCAGCCCGGAGAAGGCUGUUCUCUCCUUGGUGUCUUCGUCCAUCGGUGGUUUUGAUAGCUCGCUCCUGGACAUCUUUGUUGGCCAGACUUUCGAUGUUGCCUUCCUGCCAGCAUUGAACAGCGUGCUGGGAGCGGGGGUUCCCCUCCCCAGGCUGCUGAACACCGACUUCACCAACGCAGACAUCGAUGUCUUCCAAGACCUCAUCGUGCUGUCGGCCUGA